UGACGAGUCUCACAGCGGAGUUAACGCUAAGCUGGAGGUUUGGAGACAAACUCUGGAGUCUAAAGGGUUCAAGUUGAGUAGGACCAAGACAGAGUACUUGGAGUGCAAGUUCAGUGAUAUAGUGCAUGAGGCAGACGUGGAAGUGAAGCUUGGCACCCAGGUCAUACAGAAGAAAGAUAGUUUCAAGUAUCUCGGGUCUAUUAUACAAAGAAAUGGGGAGAUUGAUGAUGACGUCUCACACCGUAUUGGUGCAGGGUGGAUGAAAUGGAGGCUUGCCUCCAGAGUGUUGUGUGACAAGAAGGUGCCACCAAAACUUAAAGGCAAGUUCUACAAAGUGGUGGUUAGACCAACUAUGUUGUAUGAGCCGGAGUAAAGUGAUGGUUAGACCAACUAUGUUGUAUGAGCCGGAGUGUUGGCCAGUCAAGAAAUCUCAUGUUCAGAAGAUGAAAGUGGCGGAAAUGAGAAUGCUGCGAUGGAUGUGUAGGCACACUAGGAGCGAUAGGACUAGGAAUGAAGUCAUCCGAGACAAAGUUGGAGUAGCCUUAGUGGAAGACAAGAUGCGCGAAGCGAGGCUGAGAUGGUUUGGGCAUGUGAUGCGGAGAGAUGCAAAUGCCCCAGUGCGGAGGUGCAAGAGGUUGGCUAGCGACGGUUUCAGAAGAGGUAGAGGUAGGCCGAAAAAGUAUUGGGGAGAGGUGAUUAGACAGGACAUGGUGCAUUUCCUGCUUACCGAGGACAUGACCUUAGAUAGGAGGGUAUGGAGGACUCAUAUUAGGGUAGAAAGCUAGUAGGUAGUCGCGUUUAUCCUUUCUUACAAGUAGUUAUAUUUCUCUAUAGUUUCUUAUCUCUUGAUUUCUGCGAGUAUCUGUCGGUUUGUAAUGGCUUAUUUACUUUUAUUGUUUUAAUUUUCAUAAUUGCUUUGAUUUGUUUGCCCGUAUCUGACCUUUCAUAUGCCUUUUCUUGAGCCGAAGGUCUUCCGGAAACAGCCUCCCUACCUAAGGCAGGGGUAAGGUCUGCAUACACUUUACCCUCCCCAGACCCCACGUUGUGGGAUUCACUGGGUAUGUUGUUGUUGUAAAGUAUAAUUUUAAUUGUUACUCUAUCCGUCUCACAUUUGUGGAUUGAGGGGGAUAGAAAUAUACAUAAGCAAGUUUUAAGAAGGGUCUGAACAUUAACUUAGGAAUGCAUACUAGAUGUAUUAUUUUGUUUGAGCAUGAUAUAUAUCAUAAUAUUAUCGAAUUUAUUGUUCAUAUAGUUACAUGAUGAACAACUGAUUGAGGAAAUAAAAUCUCUUACCCUCUUACAAUUUGAAUAAAUGAAAAUUACCUUUUCAGAUCUCUUAUGUGUAAAAAAAUGAAAAUCUAUUGUAAAAAGGUCAUAAAACUAUUUUUUUUUAUGAAGGACUAAAAAUCUAUUUCUCCCGAACUGACUGGAAAGUGUAACUAAUGUUACAACCUUUUUUUUUUGAGAAUUUAGAUCAUAAAAGGGGUCCCCUCAUAACACUUUAAUUUUAAUAAUUAAAUGUUUUAAAAAAAAAUGAAUUGUGUAUGAAAUAGUAGCAACUUUUGGAUUUUUCCAAAAAGCAAGAUAACACGCUUCAGUCGACUAUAGUACAUACUAUAGCACUAACAUGGCAACAUGCUUCAGUCGACCUUUUUGUAGGUCUAUAUUGAAUCUUGUUAGUAUGAUGCCUGAAUUAUGUAUUUAUUUCCUAGUUUACUAUUCCCUCCCGAUAAAAAAAGAGUUUUUCUUGGGUUAAAAAAGGUGUCCACUUAUCAAAUUAAGAAAUAAUUAACAUUAUUUUUCCAGAUUUGCUCUUAUUGAGUGUUAUAUGAUCAAAUCUCAAUGCCUAUUUAAUUAGGGGUAGUUUAGUCAAAUUACCUAAUUUUGUCUAGGAGUUAGUAUUUUCUUAAGGAGUGUGCAAAUGACUAAGUGAACACCUUUUUUUUUUUUAAUCUGGAGGGAGUAAUAACUAUACGUACUUUAAAUUCGUAUCUCUUGAAAAAGUCUUCUGUUACACGGAAUGACGGAAUUGAGGUUUAACCAACAAUUUCUCCUCAUUAUAUUACUUGUUUAUUCGCUUGUUUCUCUUUCAUGGUCUCUCUUCAUUUUUUUUCUCCUCUUUCCUUGAAACCCUAGGCACGUGCUGUAAUGAUACAUGAGGUUAUUGCUAAACGGGAAUAAACGAAACUGAAUAGAUUUGAAUGACUAGUGUGGGAUUGAAAUGGAGUAGAAUGAUUGUGUGCGUCAAUGAUUGAAGUCAUUGACUUUGGAACUAAGGAGGAGGAAGAGGCUAGGCGUUUUUCUCACUUUAGAUAUACCAUGUUGUAAUUUGAGCUUGAUAAUAUCCAUACGCAAAUUGAUUUUUUUUUUUUAAUUUUGUUGGUGAAUAUACUGAUAAAUUACAGUUCAAAAUUACAAUAAACUGAACCAAAAAAAAAAACAACUUCUAGAUGAGGUGCAAAUAUCUUACUCUCUUUAAAGAGAUUCAAGCCCACUGCUGCAUAAUCUUUACUGGUUCAGCAGUAAAACUCUGACAAUAAACUAAACCAAAAAAAAAAAAUCUUCUAGAUGAGGCGCAAAUAUCUUACUCUCUUUAAAGAGAUUCAAGCCCACUGCUGCAUAAUCUUUACCGGUUCAGCAGUAAAGCUUUGACUUGUCUCCUUCAGGAUACAACAACCCAUCAACGUCGUGUGACUCAACCAACUUCGAACUAAUUGAAGAGUCCAAGCUCCACCAUAAGAAUACAUUCCUUCAACAUAAAAGUACUCUCUUUUGUAGUGAAUUAGUUGGAGACUUAGAAUAUUUUUCUUCGUCUGAAUUAUCUCUUUCUCUACACUAACCUCAAAAGAUUAUCACAACAUAACAUUUUUAUCCUCUCCUUAUCUACUUUUUUUCUAUACAACACCAAGUUGAAAGCAUUAUUUGUAUAGGUGUAGGAUUUCUUCCACAGGUAAAUGUCAAGAAAGUGCAUAGUAAAUUAAGGUUUAUUGGGGUAAUUAGUAGGGGAAAAUGUUUUUGUGGUUACAAAAAUUACAAAAAUAUUGACACCACUUUCUCCACUAACAUGUCAUGAUAUAAUUCACUUUAGUAUUUUAAUUUUAAUAUUAAAAUGUAUAUAUUACACCAACAUUCUCCACUCAUUUUAAUAUUAAAAUAAGAGAGUUCACCAAUUUAGUUGAAGGGAUACAUUAUAAAGGUGUGCUCUCCAUUGAACAUCUACUUAGUAAAACAACAAUCUCUACUCCAGAGUCAGUAGUGUGCUUCGCAUUGAACUAUGAUUGCUUGGGGGAAGUUAAGUAUGACUGCUUACGCAUAAUAAUCAAAGUGUUGACAUAAGCUUUAUUAGCCAGCACAUUACGGUCUUGUGCUAUUCCGGUUUCAUGAGUGUUUUUUGAGAACAAGCUCAAUUCUCAUAGGAAGUGGCCUACCUCCACACUCACAUAGGUGAAAUUCUGUCAAGGGUGCUCCUCUAACUUUAACACCCCACUCGUUAUGAGCUACAAACUUUCAUUAAGAUUUCAUAAACUUAACCUCGUUACAAGACAAAUGCACUCACACCAUAAGGAGGGAGGGAAUAAAAUAACAUAAUAGUGCAUUUCACAACAAGUAAUCAUAUGAUUCCCUUUUCCCUUUGAACCUGGUUAUAAGAUCUCUAGUCCCAAGGUUGGGUUUCCUCAUAUAUGACUCAGAAAUUUAAUGGCUUCAAUCCCAUCCCCCUCGAUGUGCUCCAGACCCUUUCGCAAAGGUCUUUGUCUAUUAAUCCGCAAGAUUAUCACAAGAUCUUACACAAUCAAUAUUUAUGAUAUACUAAUUUUUCACAAAUGAUCUCACAGUAUAAUAUUCUCUCCUUUUUGGGCCUGCAUUUACCGUCAUAAAAACAGUUUUAUACUCUACCAAUAGUAUUGGUGAUUUCACAAUAAAUCAAAAUUAGAGAAAUUGGUUUCUCAAACAAAGUGUUUGAUAUAAUAAAACUCAAAACCAAUUCACUAUAUCACUAGCUGAAGAUAAUUCAAUUAGUUCAGCCUCCACGGUAGAGUUAGCAAUAAUCAUAUUUCUAUUUCUAACACAUAACACCAAGUUUUCUCAUCUGCAUAAAAAAAAAAUUGAGUAUAACAGGAUGUUUUUUUUAUAAAACAAGCCACAAAUUGUCUUACCAAGUAAAUAUACCUAGUUACUUCUAGCUGCUAAGUACUUCUAUUGCAUACGCAAUAUCAUACCAAGUGCAGUCAGUCACAUAUCUCAUAUUUAGGCUAGCGUACUCAUUUUUUAUAUCACAAUUUUUUCAUUUUGAAUUGGAAAUAAAAAAACACUUAAUCAAAAGGAAUUGCAACACAUGUACAAUCCACAAAGAUGUAUUUCACAAUUUUCUCAACAUAAUGUGGCUGGUUAAGAAAGGUUUUAUCACAUGUUUUUUUAUAUUUUUCAUUCCAAGAAUGAAAUUUGCCUCACUUAAAUUUCUCAAGUCAAAAUGGUUGCUACACAUAUUUUUAGUUUAAUUUAACAACACCAAUGCUAGAGCCAAAAGAUCAACCAUUGAGGCAAAAAUAACAUGUGAAUUUUUUAGAUUAAUACAUGCACUUGCCACACUUUACAAAACAUUCUCAAAGAUGCAGAAAUCACUUUUCAUGAUAAAUAUUUUCACUUCUUUAGCCCCUACUUUUUUGAGAAUUUAAAUAACAAUUUAUACUCUUGAACAAUAGUAUCACUGUUUUCAUAAAAAUAUAAUAAGGUGUUUUUUUUUACCUCUCCUUCACUUGAAUUGAGCAAGUAGAAAAAAGUAAUUUACCCUUCCAUCUAGCGACGUCGAAGCGGAAUGACGUUGCCAUCUCCUAUCUUGAUAUCCAUGAUUUUUCAAACUGUAAUAAAGAUGAAGCUCCUUAAAAUUGUCGGUGAAUAUACAGAUACAUUACAGUUGAAAAUUACGAUAAAAUGAACAAAAAAAAAAAAGAAUAAAUAUUCUUCAGGCUGAGGCGUAGAUAUCUCGCUCUCUUUAAGGAGAUUCAAGCCCACCGCGGCUUAAUCUUCACCGAUCCAGCAGUACAACUCUGACUUGUCUCCUUCAGGAUACAACAGCCUGUCAACGUCGUAUGACUCAACCAUUCCGGACUAGUUGAAGAGUCCAAGCUCCACCAUAGGAACACCUUCCUUUCAAUAUAAAAGUACUCUCUUUUGUAGUGAAUUAGUUGGAGACUUAGAAUAUUUUUCUUUGUCUCAACUCUCUCUUUCUCUACUCUAACCUCAAAAUAUAAAUACAACAUAAUAUUUUUUUCCACUUCUCAUCUACUUUUUUUUUUUCAUACAACACAAGGAUGAAAGCAUCAUGUAUAUAGGUUUAAGAUUUCUUCCACAAGUAAAUGUCAAGAAAGUGCGUAAUAAAUUAAGGUUUCGUGGGGUAAUUAGUAGGAGAUAAUGUUUUUGUGGUUACAAGAGUUACAGAAAUAAUGACCCCACUUUCUCUACUAACAUGUCAUGAUAUAAUGCACUUUAAUAUUUUAAUUUUAAUAUUAAAAUGCAUAUAUUACCCCCAACAUAUUCAAAUGAAAUCGCAAAUAGAUUUAAGCUUUUAAACAAUUUAUAUACUUGUUAGGGUAAAGAGGGUCUCACAAAAACCUUUUUAUUAACGUACUAUUCAGAAGCAUCAUACUGCACAUGAAAUAAGCUUGCCGGGACUAUCGAGUUUGAGUAGUUAAUCUCCACCAUUCCCGUAGUACGUGUACGUUCAUGGGUACUUGACAAGAUAUUUAUACUUUUGUCUCAUUUUAUAUUACUAUUUUUUUAAAAUUUAUUUUAAAAAUAAUGAGAUAUAUUUUUAUAUUCUAAACUUUAAACCUAUUUAUUUCUAACGAGAUGACUUAUAAUUAUACAAAUGUCUAUUAUUUAUUUUAGAUUACAAGUUUUAAAAAUUUUAUAUAUUUUUUAAAACUCCAUAUCCAGCCAAAUACUAUCACAUAACUUCAAUUGGUGUUUUUAAUCAUAUUUUCCUUAGACCUUCAUUCUAUAUAGUUUCUCUACCAUUUUAUCUUCUACAACUACAAACUUCUGUCGAUCAAAUUGGGUAACUAAUGGCUAUUUUGCCAAAAUCUAAUUUGUCGCCUAAAAUUAGAAUAAUAUAGAUUCAUUCAAUAACUUUUACAACUAUCAGAAUUUUGACUUCCCGUUCCUAUGAAUUAAAGGAAGGAGGUCUUCAUAAAUCAUGAACUCCCAUUAAAUAAGGUAGAAAUAUUAUUUACCUUAAGUAGCGAACCUCAUUUCUGCGCAAUUUAAAAAUCUCUCUAAACUCCCGCUUAACAUAUAAAAAUUAGUUGAUGGAAGUGAUUUUUGUUACGUUUCUAACUAGUGGUGACUAAAACGAAGCUAAAUAGAGUAAAGGACACACAACCUGCCCUAUAAGAUUUAGCCUCAACAACUCCACCAAAGACAAAAGAGCAAAAUUUAAAUUUUGGUUCGGGACCUAAGAGAUUAACUCUAAUUCAAUCACUCGAUUAUUGGGAAUAAGCAUUCAGUUGGUAUCUUUGUACGUUCCUUCCUCUUACUCUCGGGUCUGAUUGCUCACAAUUGCUCUCAUCAACAUGCUCCGAACAAUCUCUAGAAGUGCGUUCCCUGCCUACAACUGAAAUACAUCAAGUAUUUACAGGUAGGUUACGUAGCAGUCAAACAACAAUAAUGUACCUAGUGAGAUCUCGAAAAGUGGAGUCUGGGGAGGUUAGAGUGUACACAGACCUUACCCUUAAUUAUCUUGGGAGAUAGAGAGACUGUUUUCGGUAGACUCUUGGCACCAGGACAACAGUUCAAAGCAGUAUAAAAGACAUGACAAAAUACUGUAAAAAACAAGAUAAAACUGGAAAAAAGAAGUCAUAACUACCACAAAAUAAUACUUUUUUUUUUUAAUAAUAAGCCAUCACCUUUAGGUAGUGAGCCUAAGAUGUGGAGGUUUUUUGUUGAUACUUAGUUUCGUUCAUAUAGUUUAGAUCAGUUUAUACUUAAGUCCAUCUAGUUUACUCUUUGUACUCAUGUACACAUGUGUGUGUAUAUAUAUAAUAUAUAUAUAUAGUGAAGUGUAAUUGUAAAGACUUGGUUGGUUUAUUCUUACACAAAGGAAAUAAAAUAUUUUCUCUCUCUACUUUUCCCCAAUUUCUCCAACCCCGUUUUAUGAACAUUGAUUUGAUUCAUAUUUUCCUUCAAUGAAUUCUGCAAUGUAACAUGGUAUCAGAGCUUAACUCGUACAGAUUUGGAAUGAACUUCAUCGUCUCUACUGAUUGAUGCUGGUUUCGUUAGGGUUUUCUUUACAAAUUAAAUUCGCGAAGUUAGGGUUUUUAGUUUCCAUUGUUGUGGUGAUUUCGAGCAAGGACUGGUAAAUUUCAACUCGAUUACUCCUAUUGAUUGGUAUUUUCUCCUCUUCGUGCACUCGAUUUGAUUGUUUGUGCCUUAAUUUCGAUUCGUUUUUUACAUCGACAUAUGCGAUUUGCAUUUGGUUGCUGUGUUGAGUUGUUGUAUACAAAAUGGUUACUCCAGUAGUUAAUACACCGAUUAGUGCUGCUAAUAAUGCAACAAAUGCAAAUAAUUCCACAUCCAAUGCGAAUGAUGGAACAGCUAGUGACGGUUUUACCCCUUUCACAGUUGAAUCAUCUCAUCCAUAUUAUUUGCAACCAUCUGAUAGUUCAGGAACUGUUCUAGUCACCUCUAAGUUCAAUGGAAAUGGUUAUGGAGGUUGGAGAAGGAGUAUGUUGAUAGGUUUGUCAUGUAAGAACAAACUAGGACUAGUCAAUGGAACCUUAAGCAGACCAGAAGAAAAUUCCCCCUAUUUCGAGCCUUGGUGUAGAGCAAAUGACAUGGUGUUUGCUUGGAUAUUGAAUGGGCUGGAACUUGAGAUUAGGGAGAGUGUAAUGUACACAGAAAUUGCAGAAAAAUUGUGGAAGGAUAUUGAGAGGAGGUAUGGGCAAGCUAAUGGUACCUAAAGUACAUCAAAUCAGAAAAGAAAUUGCAUCUAUUUCUCAAGGGUCCUCGAGUAUUGCCUCCUACUUCUCCAAAAUAAAGAAGUUGUGGGAUGAACUUGCAUGCUCUAUCACAUAUCCUGAUUGCUCUCUUUGUUGUAAAAAGGGUUUUCAGAAUAGAAGAAGAACAAAGGUUGCAUCAAUUUUUGAUGGGGUUCAAUGAAGCCUAUUCAGGAGUUAGGAGGAACAUUUUGAUGAGUAAAUCACUUCCUGAUGUUGACACAACAUACUCCAUGCUGAUAAAUGAUGAGAGUCAACUAGAGGCACACACUUCUAGUCCUUCAUUUCAUUCAGAUGUUGUAUCCUUCUCUACAGGGGUGCAAAGGCCUUAUUUAAGCCAAUAUCCUCCAAUGCAACAAAAUAAUUACUCACAGAAGGUGAAUUUAGAUAAUAGGAGACCAAAUCAUAAUUCAAACAACUCAAACAGCUUGUUUUGUAGAUAUUGUAAGAAGCAUAGUCACGUGAUUGCAAAUUGUAGAAAGUGUCAGUGCAUCAAUAGUUUGAACUACAACAAUGGCAACAAUACCAACACUCAUCACUCUCCUACAAACACAUCCUCAAACCAAUAUAGGAGGAUUGAUGCUUGUGUUCAAGGUCUAAACACUCAAGUUGAAAUGAGAUCUGAGGUUUUAAUCAAAUCUGUUCAAACUGAUGGGAAAGUAACACAGUUGUCACCUGAACAAUUGACUCAAAUGAUGAGUAUGAUGCAGCACCUCAAGAGUGCAUGUCCUGAUCAAGCUUCAUCUGACACAAUUUAUGCAGGUCUAGUAAGCAGUUCUAAUUUUAGUAAUUGUAGCUCUUUUGCAUGUCAUAUGUCUAGAGUAGUUGAUAAUCCUUGGAUCAUAGACUCAGGUGCCAACAAUCACAUGACCCCUAUUAAAUCUUUCCUUACACCUAUCACUCUUCUUCCUGUCCCAUAUCUUAUUACUUUACCUAAUGGACAUAUGGUUAAAGUCACCUGCACUGGUACACUUACACUAUCUUCAGAGUUGAUUCUACAAGAUGUCCUGUUUGUACCUCCUUUAGAUAUAAUUUGAUUUCUUAAAUAAACUACUAUGCCAGUUUAAAUGUGGAGCUUAUUUUACUGCAUUUAACUGUGUUCUACAAUACCCUUCUCUGAAGAGGCCACUCGAGCUUGGUAAGGUGUCAAAAGGGCUCUACACACUUGAUCCUAUGUCUCUUACUCCUACUUUCACUCCCUCUGUAAAAUGCCAUUGCUGCUACUGAUUGCUAUUCCAAUACUAAUAAAGUUGUUUUUCACUCUGUUGUUUCUCAAGUUGAUUCAAAAUUUGUUCCUCUUGUUUGUUAUUCUGCUACCACUAAUGUAGAUUUACUUUGGCAUUUAAGACUAGGCCACAUGCCUUACCAUAGAAUGAAAUUCAUCAAUGCUUUACAUGAUAAAUUGUCCAAGAAACAAGAUUUUAUAUGCAAAAUUUUCCCCAUGGCAAGAGAACAGAGAUUAGCUUUCCAGGCUAGUUCUAUUAAAUCUACAAACACUUUUUCAACUCAUUCACAUAGAUUUAUAGGGUCCUUAUCACACCCAAACAUAUAAUGGAUAUAAACACUUUUUAACCAUAGUAGAUGACUAUUCUAAGGCCAUUUGGACUCAUUUACAGUUUACUAAAUCAAAUGUUUUUCCUCUCAUUAAAUCCUUCAUUUACAUGGUCCAAAAUCAAUUUCAUACUUCAGUCAAGGUCGUAAGAUCUGACAAUACUUUUGAAUUGGGUUCUAGUUCAGUAGCAACUAGAUUCUUUUCCUCCCAAGGCAUAGUCCAUCAAACAUUCACCCCUCACACUCCACAAAAAAAUGGGGUUGUGGAGAGGAAGCUAAACACCUUUUGGAGGCAGCUAGAUCUCUUUUAUUCCAGUCCAAUCUCCCUGUCAAAUAUUGGGGUGAGUGUUUACUCACUGAAACAUACCUUAUAAAUAGGUACCCUUCUCCUCUUUUGAAUAAUUUUAUUGCUUACACUCUUCUUUACAAAACUGAUCCUUUUUAUUCCCACUUCAAACCAUUUGGUUGUGUUGCAUUUGCUGCAAUUCCUAAACCAUAUAGAGAUAAGUUUAAGUCCAGGUCCCAGACUUGUGUCUUUCUUGGUUAUAGAAUAACCAAGAAAGCAUACAAAUUACUUGAUUUGGACAAACAUGUUGUUUUCUUCUCCAGAGAUGUACAAUUUAGGAAACCAUUUUUCCUCUUCCAUCACUUGAUGUUACUGAACCUCUUCCUUCCCAAUCUAAUACUCCUACUCCUCCUCACUCCAAUGCUCAUGUUCCUACUUUUCCUGAUUUUUCCAUCCAUGGUACACCUACUUCUGCCUCAUCUACCACUCUCUUGCCUCUUAGUCCUGCUUCCUUCCAUAGUCUUACAUCUGGUUCUUCUUCAACUACCUUAUCACCUCCUAUUGCUUUGAGGAAACCCUCCAAAGCCCAUGCACAACCAUCUUACUUAAGUCAAUAUGUCUGUUAUAAAGCUUCUGCAUCCAAGGAUACAAUUGCUUUUACUGACUAUGCUUUAAUUGAGCCUCAGUUCUAUCAUCAAGCUGUUUCUAACCCUGCUUGGCAGGAAGCUAUGCGUAAAGAAUUUCAGGCCUUGGAAGCUAAUAACACAUGGACCAUUGUUCCACCUCCCUCUAGAAGGAAAUUCAUUUCCUCCAAGUGGGUGUACAAAAUAAAACUAAAAGCUGAUGGCACAAUUGUGAGAUACAAGGCAAGGAAUACAUGACAUAAAGUGGCCGGAACAGGGCCCCGCCAUACCCAUGCAAAUGCAUAUGCAACCAUGCUGACUCACAGGGCAACUCCGGAGCAAGUGAAGUGCCACGACUCUGCCUGCUGAGCUGGUAUCUCAAGACCUGCGGGCAUGAAACGCAACGCCCCCAGCAAAGGGACGUCAGUACGAGCAAUGUACUGAGUAUGCAAGGCGGAAAGUGCAACAAAAUAGCCAUAUACCAAAAGUGAGAAGAAUAAGAAUUAAUCUGGCAUUUCUGAGCUAUCGAUGGAAAUCUAGCAUAUAUAUGCAUACCUCUUCAUCUUCUUGUAAUCUUUACUAGGUUUGUAUACCCUACCAUAGUCCUAGUUACCUUAUCAUCAAACGUUAUCUAAACAUGUGUUGCGGCGUGCAACCUGAUCCAUAUACUCUUGCAUGCUUAACCAUAUCUAUGUACAGUACUGUGCCCCUAUCUUACUAAUCAUCCUACACUAACUUCCCAAUUGAUCAGUGGUAACUGCCCGACCGGCUGCAGUCCGGUGGUAAUAACUGCCUGUCCGAUUAUCGCCCGACGGUAGAGCGAAACUGCCCGAUUGAUCAGCGGUAACUGCCCGACCAGCCGUAGCACGGUGGUAACUGCUCGACUGGCUGCAGUCCAGUGGUAAAUAUAUACAUCUACCCAAUUGGUCGUAGACCAGUGGUAAUUAUAAUCAACAUCAUAACUAAGCUUCUACAAGUAAUCUCUAUGCACUUCUCAUGAUCUUCGCUUAACCCGUAGUGUCUACAUAAUCAUAUAAGACUUAUAAGCACAGUUCAGGCCAUUAGUACUUCUUCCUGCUUGACUAGACUAUAACCAAAUCCUAAGAUACAACAUAAACCUCUCUUCGAACACUAAAUACCUCAUUAGAGAUCCUCUGCUAGCACUCUAUUCAUGUCCUAUAAGACAUCUCUUAAGAACCUGUUCCUAAACUCGUUGGAUUUUUAUUAUGGAACCGUCAUCAUGAACACUUCUCACCUUGAAGGAACAAAGUCAUAAGAUGAGAUCAACAUGAAUGAAUAACAUCAAUAGCCAUGAAACAAGCUUAAGGAUAUCACAAAAACAUCGGGAACUAUAAGCUUUGGUACUUUUAGAAACGAAGUUAUUGAAGUUAUCAAAGGAGUCAAGCCUUAAGAAAGAAAGGUUUAGCCUUAACAUACCUUUCGGUCUUCUUAAUCACCCAACAUUUAUUCUCCCAAGCUCAUAUGUCUACAUAUAUAAAUCAUUUAUACUAUCAUUAGACUCGUUGCCACACACUUGUCUCAAGCAUUUAAAUGAAACCCCUUUUUGAAUCUGUCGAAAUUCGGGCAGCAUCUCCCCUGUUUCUAUGCCAAGCCCAAAAUCGUAAUUCAGCAACCAACAACAACAACAACAAUACCAACAUCAAUAAAAUCAUUUCCAAUACCAAUAUGUACCAUAAAACAGCCCACACGCUAUUUUCCAACUUCCAUAACUAACCAACUUACUAUACAAUGAUUUAAUGACUUUGUCUCCGUAAAUAAGCCUUAAAUAAUACCAAAAGAGAAAGAUUCAUACAUUUUUCUUGUUAAGACAGCAAUAUGCUCAAUAUCCACGCUAAUAUCCAUCGCAAAACAAUACUAGAAUCACAACCAUGCGUUACCCCGACAUAAACCACUACUCCGCGACUUAAAAAUUGCUCACUUUUUGUUUCUAUCUCUCUCUCUUCAAUUUCUGGAAUUUUCCAGGGAAAUCUGAUGAAAAAAGGGGGUUAUUACCCUUUAUAUAGGGGUCAAAUUCGGGUCGGGUCACUGUAGCAUUUUACUGUAGCAAGUCGGUACUGUAGCAGUACUGUAGCACGCGUUUCUGCUCUGUCAGCUGAAUUUGUAACGUCCAUAAUUCUCUAUUUCGAUGUCGUAUCGAUGAGCGGUUUAUUGCGUUGGAAACUAGACUCGACGAACUUCAUUUUAGGAUUUUACUUUGCUUCAAAACUCCUCAUCUAUUAAAAUUUAUUUCUUCUCAAAGUUGGACCAAAAUUUGCCCUUCAUAUUUUCCACAAAAUUCAAGGUCUCAAUAGCUUAUUUCUUCAACUCCAUUUGGUCGUGAGACUUCCCAGUACUCCUUAUAUAUCACUUCAUCCAUAAGUAUACCUAAUAAUUGCGUCAUUCCUUAAACCCGAAAGACGGCUCAUCUUGAUCAUAAUUCCACGUACUUGUACUUAAACUUAGCGAACGUUCAUCUGGAAGUACGAGGUGUAACAUAUUCUUUGUUCCUUAAGUCAGUAGGUUCUUCCUUCACUAUUGUGGCUGUAUAUGUAGAUGACAUUAUGUUAACUGGGAAUGCUAUACAAGAGAUAAAGUCCCUCAAGUCUUACUUAGAUGCUCAGUUCAAAAUAAAAGAUUUGGGACUAGCUCACUAUUUUUUGGGUUUACAAAUACUUAGAUUCCCUCAAGGUUUUCUUGUGACUUAGCAAAAGUUUCUUACAGAACUUUUGCAUGAGUUCCAUUAUUCUGCUGUGUCCUCAGUAGUUUCCCCUUUGGACAUUCACAUCAAACUUGCUGCUGACCCAGGGGAUCUCCUCCUUGACCCUUCUCUGUAUAGGAAAUUGAUUGGAAAAUUGAAUUUUCUUCAGCACACUAGGCCUGAUAUUUCUUUUAGUGUUCAACAAUUGAGUCAAUUUAUGUCCCAACCUAGAGUUCCACAUUUUGGAGUUGCUUUACAUUUUCUCAAGUACUUAUCUGGCACUACUAAUUUGGGCUUGUUCUUUAAUAAUUCACCUGGUUUUUCUCUAGUUGGUUAUUGUGAUUUAAAUUGGGCCAGUUGCUCUACUAGUAAAAGGUCUGUUAGUGAUUAUGUGUUUUUUCUUGGUGGUUGUCCUGUUUCUUGGAAAUCAAAGAAACAGGCUACUAUAGCUCUUUCUUCAGCAAAGGCUGAGUAUAGAACACUCAGGCAGUUGGUUGCUGAAAUUGUUUGGCUUGUGAGAUUAUUGGAUGAGUUGACUGUUUCCUCAGUUGCACCUGUCUCUGACAAUACCUCUGCCGUUCACAUUGCUAAGAACCCUAUUUUCCAUGAACGUACCAAACAUAUUGAGGUGGAUUGUCACUUUGUUAGAGAUGUUCUUCAAUCUGGUCUUAUUGCUCUUCAUAGUGUGCCUACUGCUUCUCAAACUGCUGAUGUCAUGACCAAGGCUCUUCCAGGUGUUCAUCAUGGUGUUUUUCUCUCCAAGCUUGGCCUGAUAUCCCAUUCCAGCUUCCUGGGGGGGGGGGGGGGGGGGGGACGUUGAUACUUAGUUUCGUUCAUAUAGUUUAGCUCAGUUUAUACUUAAAUCUAUCUAGUUUACUCUUUGUACUCAUAUACACAUGUAUAUAUAUAGUGAAGUGUAAUUGUAAAGACUUGGUUGGUUUAUUUUUACACAAAGGAAAUAAAAGAUUUUCUCUCUCUA